AUGGAUAACGGGGUGAUGACAAAUAACUAUGACGGGGGGUACACGGAUGGGUAUAUGGAGCAGGAAGAGGAGUGGGAGCGUGAGGGUCUUCUAGACCCGGCAUGGGAGAAGCAACAGAAAAAGACAUUCACAGCAUGGUGCAACAGCCACUUGAGAAAGGCCGGCACUGGCAUUGAAAACAUCGAUGAAGAUUUCAGGAAUGGAUUGAAGCUGAUGUUAUUGCUGGAGGUCAUCUCCGGAGAAACUCUGCCCAAACCUGAUCGUGGCAAGAUGCGCUUCCACAAGAUCGCAAAUGUCAACAAAGCCUUGGACUUCAUCGCAUCUAAAGGCGUAAAAUUGGUAUCGAUCGGUGCCGAAGAAAUCGUUGACGGUAAUCUCAAAAUGACCCUGGGUAUGAUCUGGACCAUCAUUCUCAGGUUCGCCAUCCAGGACAUCUCCGUGGAAGAAAUGACCGCAAAGGAAGGUCUACUGCUUUGGUGUCAACGCAAGACGGCACCUUACAAGAACGUCAACGUGCAGAACUUCCACUUGUCGUUCAAAGAUGGUCUGGCCUUCUGUGCCCUUAUCCACAGACACAGGCCCGACCUGAUCGACUACAGCAAACUGUCCAAGGACAAUCCACUAGAAAACUUGAACACAGCAUUCGAUGUGGCCGAGAAGUAUCUCGACAUUCCCCGCAUGUUGGACCCCGACGACCUCAUAAACACGCCAAAGCCGGACGAACGUGCCAUUAUGACCUAUGUGUCAUGUUACUACCACGCGUUCCAAGGUGCACAACAGGCUGAAACGGCCGCGAACCGUAUCUGCAAGGUUCUCAAAGUCAACCAGGAGAAUGAACGCCUCAUGGAAGAGUACGAGCGUCUCGCCAGCGACCUAUUGGAAUGGAUCCGGCGAACCAUGCCUUGGCUGAACAGCCGUCAAACCGAUAACUCACUUGCUGGGUGCCAGAAAAAGCUGGAGGACUAUCGCACUUACAGGCGUAAGCACAAGCCACCACGUGUUGAACAGAAAGCCAAGCUAGAAACAAACUUCAAUACUCUGCAGACCAAACUACGUCUGAGCAACCGACCUGCUUAUAUGCCCACUGAAGGCAAGAUGGUCUCUGACAUUGCCCAAGCGUGGAAGGGUCUGGAGAUCGCCGAGAAGGCGUUCGAAGAAUGGUUACUUAGCGAGAUGAUGAGACUCGAACGCUUGGAGUACCUCGCGCAGAAGUUCAAGCACAAGGCUGACAUCCAUGAGGACUGGACUAGAGGCAAGGAAGAGAUGCUGCAAUCGCAAGACUUCCGUCAAUGCAAGCUGUACGACAUCAAAGCGCUAAAGAAGAAGCACGAGGCGUUCGAGUCCGACCUGGCCGCACAUCAGGACCGCGUCGAACAAAUUGCCGCCAUUGCUCAAGAGCUCAACACGCUGGAGUACCACGAGGUGGGCGCGGUAAACGCGCGCUGCCAGCGCAUCUGCUCGCAGUGGGACCGGCUGGGCGCGCUCACACAGCGUCGCCGCCUGGCGCUGGACGACGCAGAGCGUGUGCUCGAGCAGAUCGACCUGCUGCAUCUCGAGUUCGCCAAGCGCGCCGCGCCCUUCAACAACUGGUUGGACGGAACUCGCGAAGAUCUCGUGGACAUGUUUAUCGUACACACCAUUGAAGAAAUCUCCGGCCUCAUGGACGCACACGCUCGCUUCAAGGCGACUCUUGGUGAAGCUGACAAGGAGUACCAGGCGAUAGUAAACCUUGUGCACCAAGUAGAAUCUAUCGUGAAGCAACACCAGAUCCCUGGAGGUUUAGAGAAUCCCUACACUACACUUACCGCACACGAGCUGAUGGGCAAGUGGUCGGAUGUACGACAGCUGGUGCCGCAGCGCGACGGCACGCUGGCCGCCGAGCUGCGCAAGCAGCAGAACAACGAGACGCUGCGCCGCCAGUUCGCCGAGAAGGCUAACGCCGUCGGGCCCUGGAUCGAGCGCCAGAUGGACGCCGUCACCGCCAUCGGCAUGGGCCUGCAGGGCUCGUUGGAAGAUCAGCUCCGAAGACUAAAGGAAUACGAAGCGGGCGUAUACGCGUACAAGCCGCACAUCGAAGAACUGGAACGCAUCCACCAGGCUGUGCAAGAGGGCAUGAUCUUCGAGAACAGAUAUUCGCAAUACACAAUGGAGACACUCCGUGUCGGCUGGGAACAACUACUAACGUCCAUCAACCGAACCAUCAACGAAGUGGAGAAUCAGAUUUUAACUCGCGAUUCCAAGGGCAUCACACACGAACAGCUCAACGAAUUCCGUGCCUCCUUCAACCACUUCGACAAGAACCGCACAGGCCGCCUCGCUCCGGAAGAGCUAAAGUCGUGCCUCGUGUCUCUCGGCUACAGCAUUGGAAAGGACAGGCAAGGAGAACUCGACUUCCAGCGCAUACUCGCCGUUGUAGACCCCAACAACACAGGUUACGUCUCAUUCGACGCAUUCUUGGACUUCAUGACAAGGGAAUCCACUGAUACAGACACCGCUGAACAGGUCAUUGACAGCUUCAGGAUCUUAGCUGGUGACAAGCCAUACAUCACGGCGGAGGAGCUGCGGCGCGAGCUGCCACCCGACCAGGCGGAGUACUGCGUGGCGCGCAUGCCGCCCUACCGCGGCCACGGCGCGCCGCCCGGCGCGCUCGACUACAUGGCCUUCUCCACCGCGCUCUACGGCGAGACCGACCUUUAG